CCGACUGGCACCACGUAUCGAAACAUCGAUUGGCCACAGCUGCUUGUGAAUGAAAAAAGCGUAAAAUCGAAUCGUAAAACAAAUUCGCGAAAAAACAUUGCCGCCCGUCCUGCAGAAUCACAGGUCGGUGGACCUAUACACAAGCGGAUGAGAGAAGAGGCCAGUAGGCCCAAGCUAACCCGGCCAGGAUAAAUUCGAGUCGUUCGUCCUUCCCACCGGCACACAAUGGAGCUAUAGUGUGUCUGUGUGUGCGAGAGUGCGGGCGUUUGUGUGCGUGGUUGUAGUAGUGGGCGAGUGCGUGUAGUAGUAGUACGACGAGUGUUGAGGCGACGGGGAAAACAAAAAGAAAUCUAGUUUGUGCUCGAGACUUCGGCUGGAAACCCGGCCGCGAAGAGUGCGUAAAUGUAAGGUGCGAUCGCUGAUGAGCCAUCACCUCUUCCCGGUGCUGGAGGCAGUGCAUCCAACCGGAGAAGUUGAGGGACUCUAGGCUAGCGGGGCAGUAAUACGGCCACAUCCCGAUUCCGAUCCCGAUCCCGUAAUGCUGCUGGCCGCAGCCGGUCUGCCGGCCUACGACGCCGCUAAGCUGUCCAGCAAUGCCGGAUCCGGCUCCAGCAACGUGGGCUCCGGCGGAGUGGGUACACCCACGGCGUCCUCGUCGCGUCCUAGUGCCGCUAGUGCCCUGAUGAAGACCCUGUCUGUGCGCCUGCAUCGAGGCACCGAGUUCAUUAAGGACACCGUUCAUAAGGCCCUGGUCAUGUCCGCUCCUACGCCUGUGGCCCCAGCUACAGCUCCUGCGCCCAAGAUCGUGGACCACAGCCUAAAGCGAAAGCUAAGCGGCGCUGGCGGGCUGAUGGGCUGCAGCAGCAUGGGCAGUAUGACCUCAUCUAUCGCCAGCAGCUCGAGAAGUCAUCACUAUGCCCUGACCAGCCAGGGGGCCUCCUCACAGGUGAUUCCUUUGCCCAGUCAAGUGCCCACAGCUGCCUUUCUGCGCACCUACACGGUGGCUCCCACGGCACUCCAUCGAUCUGCCGCCGCUCGUAAACGGAAUCCCAGCACCGAUAGCUUGCUUAUGGACCUGUGCCUCUUUAAGCCCAUUCGGCCCAUGCCCAUAACGCCAAUAAAAAUCCACAAGUUCCGCGGCUUUGAACUGAAGAAACCAAAAUUUGUCCCCGCUGCAAAUCCAGACAGCGAAGAAGAUGAGGACGACGACGAUGAAGAUGAGGUGGUCCGCAAGCCAAAGCCCAGCAACUUGACAUUGCCAACAAAUGCGGACUCGGCUUUCGUUCCGAUGCCCUAUAUAGAAACCACCAACACCGCCAUUAACGCAACCACCACCACUAACAGCAGGAGCAGAUCCCGCUCUCUCAACACACACACCUCAGGCUCUGCCCAGGCCAUAACCAAGCCAAAGCGUCGUCGUCGCGCUCCCAUGCUCACGGCCAAAAGACGACGCAAGGCGCUGGAUACGAAACUAACAACUUCAGCAGACGGAGGAACUGAAGACAAAGCUCCUGCCGUGCGCAAAGCGACGACAGCACGCGGAGGAUCCAAGCGCAGUCGUGGAGAAUCGAUCACGGCUCCUACGCCAGCGGACCCAAUCAAAUCUCCAGUAGCAAUUAAAGCGCCGACCAAGAGCAAAUCAACCUCUAGAAGUGAAGCUGCAAAACGUAGUCGUGUAGCUGUUGUGCAGAAUGCCACUGUUCUGACAGCGACUUCCACCACUUCAGCAGAUUCAAUCAGUAAAACCGCAACCAAGCGCAAGGCUGCUAAUGAAAAAGUCGCCAAGCGCAGUCGUGGUUCCGCAGCCUUGUCUGUGCGUCCUUCCCCGCCAAUGACACGUCAGCGGGCUCGUCAGCAGAUCUCCGCCAGCACCUAAGGUCAAGAAAACUUGGAUGCUCGCUCAUUGGAACGUAAGCCAAUAUGGCAAAAGCUAGAAAAACAAAACAACAAUAGGAAAGAGUCGCGUAAGAGAUUCGCUAAGUUCUGAGUCUUUGGGUUCUAGUUACUGUUUAUGUGUACGUAUUACAUCUUUCCUUUGAAGUAUGUGGAAAUGUAAGAUAAGCCAGUAAUCAAUCAUGUAAAGUACACGUAGUGUUCAACUCGUUUCGUAUUAUUCGGGAGAUAAAAUGACUACUUGAGUUUCAACAAGCAACUAUAAUUUGUUUGGGUACACAUAUUACAGAAUUCUGGCUUGGUCUUCAAGACUGAUAUAACAAAAAGCAUCCGCUACGAAUAAAAUAUGAUACAAAAUGAUAUAUGCAAAAGAAAUUUAACCCUCAUUAAGCGAAAAGUAUUAAAUGUAUAAAGAAACUAGUUCAUUUAAGUCAUUCCUGAUAAUAAUGUUUCAACCAAAACUGUUUGUCAACAUAUGGAUAUGUUAGUUUUGACCCUUUUCUUUCAAUGAAUGUACAAACAAAGUUCAACGUUUUCGGUUCGUUUAGUUUAUGUGCUUGCCUUUGAGGCAGGUUAGUAAGGAUGUAUGGAAAGAACAGGAUGGACAGGAUGAAAAAACGCCACAACUACAAUUAUUUUUCCUACUUUAGUUAAGUUUGUUACAAUUUAUGUAUGGCGCAGAUACAACGUAAUCAAUUCACACAUACAAGUAUAAAAACAUACAUGUAAUUCUAACUUUAUCUAAGCAUACGACUUAUCUUUAAGAACAGCAAUGACAUAAAAAUAUAGAAAACUUUAUAUAUAAAACAUGCCGGUCAAAUCAACUGUGUGUUGUGAUAUGAACUAAUUUAUAAAUCCAAGCAAAAGACGAGCAAAAGCUCCUUAAAUGUAUCGGCUUGACUCAGACAACACCGAAAAACUCAACCCAAUUAAGCCCUUUAUAUCCUUAAGAAGUAGAAGUUGGAAAAUCUAAAUUUGCGGAACUCCAAAAUGUUUAGAAAUGCGCCCUAAGCUAAGGACAAUUUCGAGCGAUUCCAAACGAAAGCAAAAUUACUUAAACACACAGCGAGUUGUAUGCGUCAAUAAAAAUUACGAGUAACUACAAAUUAA